AGCCAAGUGCCUCUGUGUGACACCACCAGCAGCUGAUAACGCAUACGAAAAAUAUAACUAAUUUAGACUAGAGCCCUAUCUCUUCUUGAGAAGCUGGGAUUUGAAGGAGCUAUCCUGAGAUCUGUACUGCUAGUAAGUGACUGAUAACAUUAUAAACUGGAUCGGUCCCUGAGUUCAGAGACUGAGUUGCAAUUGAGUGAAAAAUAGACAACGAAAUCUUGAAGAAUUGCACUGAGGUGCAAGCCAAGUUUAUUUGGCUCUCCAAAUAAUAUUGGUUGAACUAAGAGAUUGGUAAUCCAAACCUGUAAUAGGACUGGUGUUUGGGUGUCUCUCUUUGUCAUUGUUGCCUCUUGCUGUUACAUUGCUGUCUGUGUUGUCGUUCUAGGUCCAGAUGUUUUCAGAUAAUUCACAUUGCCCUGAUUGUGGACAACAGUGGUUCCCUAGUUUAGAGCUAGGCCACUGGUUGUACCAAACUGAACUUGUUGAAAAUGAAUGUUACCAGGUAUUCUUAGACCGUAUUAACAGAGCUGAUUAUUGCCCUGAGUGUUAUCCUGAUAAUCCUGCUAAUAGAAGCCUUGUUCUUCCUUGGUCUUUCCCACUUGAGUGGGCUCCCCAGAAUCUCACCAGAUGGACCUUUGAGAAAGCUUGCCACCCAUUUCUUCUGGGUCCUCCACUGGUUAGAAAAAGAAUACAUGACUCUCGAGUAGCUGGUUUUAACCCUGCAUUACAGUUAAUCUUGACCAGAACAGAUAAAACCUUAAACAAAAAACUGGGUCAAAACAAAUAGCUUCUAUAAUAGUCAAAAUUGUCAACUCUAGAGGCUUUUGUGUAGGUAGCCCAAGGAAGAUGGAAAAAUAAUUAAUUUCUAAGUGUGACCCAGAUUGUCACUACUUUGAGAACUGCUUAAAUUGUUGGAUCUGCUUCUGUGGCCUAUACAUAUUUUAUUCACUAUGAAUUUAGUUAGUAUUCCAGCCAGACUGUUCAUCUAGACUGAGAUAUACACACACAUACACACACACACACAUAUAUACAUAAAAUAAUCCAUAUUUCCUAUAAACUGUUUUGGAACUAACUUACCACUCCUAAAAAAAUUUCUGCAGCCUAAUGAGUGACAUAUGACGAAGUAGUCCUAGAGGGGAAGUCCCAUACUGUGUGCUUCAUAAUGGUAUUUCUAAUGAUAACUUUUGUAGGAAAGCAGCCUCAUUAUAGCUGGAUCCUAGAUUAGUCUAGUGAAUUUUAAUAAGAAAUUAUGCUGUUGUAAACUCACCUCUUAUGCAUUGGUCAGUGAUGAUAUAUAUAUAGAUGACAUUUAUCCAUAUAUAGCCAUUUAUUCAUCAUUGGCCCUGUUUGGCCCAUCCUCAGUGUGGCUGUGACACUGGUCACUCAGAUACAUCAUGUUCUAUUAGGAAACACCUACAUAGGUGAUGCAGAAACAUGCAGAAAUGCCACCUGUUUAUACUUACGUGGCUUUACAUAAACAAAAGACUGUCUUGUCUUUGUGGUGGCUGAAUUUACAAUGUCCUCCCCUGGAAAUGGAAAAGUACCUAUCUAGGAGAUGUAUGACAAAAGAAAUUAUCAAGCCUGACUUCAUAUAUAUUAUGAACAGUCUAGGAGAAGCAUCUUUCUUAGAACUAAGAAGGUCUGCUGAACAUUGGCCGCAUUCUGGACUUCUAUUGUUCAUUAAAAUCAUGGACCCAGAGUUGGGGUUAAGCCACUUAGAAAAAGCUGUUGAAAACAUCUCAAAGGCCACUGAACAAUUUUUAAAUUACACUUAACAUGCCAGGUAUCUAGGUAUCUAGUGCUUUUGUACCACCUCAGCAAUAUUAUCAAGGUCCCAGCUUCUUUCUGUCCUUCCCCCUUGGAAUCCUCUUUUUUUUUGUUUUUUUAUUGCUUUUUUAAAAGUAGUGACCAAGUCUUGCUAUAUGGCCCAGGCUGGUUUCCAACUCCUAGGCUCAAGCCGUCCUCCUACCUCGGUCUCCCAAGGUACUGGGAUUACAGGCGUGAGCCACCCCACCUGGCCUAGGAUCCAUGUUUGCUUUUUAUCGUUAGGAUUUUUUUUUUUCGAUGAGUACAAUAUGACUUCUUGUUGUAACAGACAUUUUAAUCCCUAGGAAAGGCUGGAAGUAGAGAGCAAAAGUCUUUCUUUCAAGUCUGUCUUUUAUUUGGAAAUCAAGUCUUUCCAAAAAAUCUCUAGCAGAUUUCUUCUUAUAUCUCAUUAUAAAGUAUCAGUUUACAAGGGAGCCUGGGAAAGCUUGGCAAAGGGGAAUAGGGUUAUCAUUGCCUGGGUAGGGCACAUUGCCUCCAUUGAAAAAAUCAGGGCUCUUUUUUUUGUUGUUUUUUUGACAGAGUCUCGCUGUCUCGCCCAGGAUGGAGUGCAGUGGCAUGAUCUCAGCUUACUGCAACCUUUGCCUCCUAGGUUCAAGCGAUUCUCCUGCCUCAGGCUCCCAAGUAGCGGGGAUUACAGGUGCCUGCCACCACACCUGGCUAAGUUUUGUGUUUUUAGUACAGACGGGGUUUCACCAUGUUGGCCAGGCUGGUCUUGAACUCCUGACCUCAGAUGAUCCGCCUGCCCUGGUCUCCGACAGUGCUGGGAUUACGGGUGUAGCCACUGUGCCCAACCAGGGCUCUUUUAGCAAGGAAAACGUGAGGAAUGAAUGGCUAUUGGUGUGCAACAAAUCAUACUUGCUACAUGUUGUGAAACCUGAAGUUAUUUGUUAGUCUGUAUGAAGAAUGUACCCCAGAGAUACACCCUGUAUCUGCCUUAUGUCUCUUACAAUGGAGGUUCUCUCCUGUUAUAUUGCUGAAUAAACUAUGUGAACUGCUAAA